AUGGAAGAGCUGGGACAGCGAUGGGAGCUCGUGUGUCACCUCUCCCUGGCCCGUCAGGCGAGGCUUGAGGAAGCCUUGCACCAGGCUGAGGAGUUCCACAGGCUGAUUCAAGGUUUCCUGGAACAUCUAUCUGAGGCUGAGAAAACUCUCAAACUGGGCCCUUUCCCAGAGGAAGAGGGAGCUGCUGAGGACUAUCAGAACCAGCUCCAGUGCCAGCAGCUGGAGCUGGACUGCAUCACGUCCCUGGGGGAGGAGAUUCUGAGUAGCUGCCACCCCGAUGCCGUCAUCCCAGUCCGCUCCUGCCUCAGCAACAUCACCAGCCGCUUCCAUGAAGUGCUGGGCUGGGCACAGCAACAGGGCCAGCGGGUGGCUGACCAGCUUGCCACCAUGGCGGCUGAGCGGGAGGAGCUGGCUCGCCUGCUGGACUGGAUCACCUCAGCUGAGGAGGCAUUGAGCCUCCGAGACCAGGAGCCCCUGCCUGAGGACAUCCAGAUGCUGGCAGAUCUAUCAGCUCAGCACACGGAAUUCACUGAAGAACUGAGCAGAAAGCAGCAAGAGGUGGAGGCAGCCAUGAGAAGUUGCAAAAGGAGGCUGGAGCCAUCACCCCCAGCACCUCCACAGCCCCCAUCAAGGAGGAGAGGUACAGGGAAGGCCCCACCGGGCCCCCUGGUGCCCCUCCUGGAGCUGCAGCCUCAGAGCCCCUUGGGAGCCCGGCUUCUUCAACGCUGGCAGCAGCUAUGGCUCAGGGCCCUGGACCGACAGUACCGGCUACAGGCUGCUACCCAGCGCCUGGAGGAGCAAGCAGCCUUUGCACACUUUGAUUUUGGCGGAUGGCGGAAACGAUACUUACAGUGGAUCAGCCAUAGAAAGUCCCGGCUCCUGGAUGUGUUCCGUGCCAUUGACCGUGACCAGGAUGGACGAAUCACCCACCAGGAGUUCAUCGACAGCGUCCUUGCCUCCAGCUUCCCCACCAGUCUGCUUGAGCUGAGUGCUGUGGCCAGUAUCUUCGACACCAAUGGAGAUGGAGUUAUUGACUAUGGUGAAUUUGUCAGUGCACUGCACCCCAGCCGGGACCCCCGAGGCCGGGGUCCUGAUGCAGAACACAUCCAGGAUGAGGUAAGGCGACAAGUAUCUCAGUGUCAAUGUGCCAGGCGCUUCCAGGUGGAGCAGAUCAGUGCCAACCGCUACCGAUUUGGGGAAUCCCAGCAACUUCGACUGGUACGGAUCCUACGAAGCUGCCUCAUGGUCCGUGUUGGAGGUGGCUGGAUUGCGCUAGAUGAAUUCCUGGUCAAGAAUGACCCUUGCAGAGUGAAGGGGAGAACCAACCUGAAGAUUAAUGAGAAGUUCCUGACUCCAGAUGGGACCCCCAACCCACCUCAUAAAACCUUGUCUCGGAGCUGCUCUGCCUCUAACCUGAGCCUUUCCAGCAGCGCCUCAGCCCCCAAUAGCCCCCAGGCCCGAAAGUCAGUGCUUCGGAGAACCCGGUCUGGGGACAGAGCACCCCGCCCCUUCAGCACCUCGCUGCUCACUAAUAGCACUGAUGGCAAGCCCAGAGCAGCUCUAGAGCUAUCAGUGGAAAGCAAGCCUAUCCGGGUACCUGUGGACACAGGACAGGUACCUGACCCAGAAAGCACAGAGGAGACACUAGAAGCUACACGGCAGGCACCAGAGGAGUCAGAACAUAUGCCAGAGAAAGCAAGGGAGCAGGUAACCGAGGAGAUCCGGCAGGCAUCAAAGACAGAGCAGGCACUGGAGAGCAAAGAUCCGGCCCCAGAGGAAACAGAGGGGGCAGGUGGGAAAGGGGCAGAGGGGGCAGCAGAGGGCACAGGACAGGAACUGGAGACAGAAGCACGGCAGGCACUGGAGGAGACAGCUCAGGUACUAGAGACAGAGUGGGCGCUGGAGGGCACAGGACAGGUGCUAGAGAAAGAAGCACAGAAGGAACUGAAGGAGAUAAAGCAGGUACUAGAGGCAGAGUGGGCACCAGAGGACACAAAGCAGGCACCAGCACGGAGAGAAAGGACCCUGGAGGAGACAGAGCAGGAAUCAAAGGGGAGAUCAAAGGCACUGGAAGAGAGAGAGAAUCUACAAGAGAAAGAGACCGAGCAGGCACAGAAGGGGACAGAGUGGGUACCAGAAUGGAAGGAGAGGGUGCUGGGAGGGACAAAACAGGGAUCUGAGGAAGAAACAAAGGUGAUGGGGAAGGAGGCUCUGGAACAGUCACUAGAGGAAACAGAAAGGACAAAGCAGGCAGCAGAAGGCACAGAGUGGGCAGCAGGACAGCCAGAGAGGGCAGCAGAGGGCACAAAGUGGGCAGCAGGACAGCCAGAGAAGGCACCAGAGGGUACAGGGUGGGCACCAGGACAGACAGAGCAAGAACUGGAGGGGAGAGAGCAGGUAACAGAACAGAGAAAGCAUGAACCAGAGGAGAGCAAGCAGGAGCUGAAGGGCACAAGAACACAGCCCAGGCAUAGCUGAGCUGUGGACGAAUCUGGAGGUCUAUGGCUGAGGAGAAGCAGCCCAGGGCUUUUAGGGCUGAGGAGGGUAACGCGGUGGGGGUGGGGAGAAGAUGGGACCACACCUAUUCCUCCCUCCCCAACCCCCCAUCCUCCAGUUCCAGGGGGGAUGUUCCAGGAGACAGUUCCAGGACUGUCAGGCUGUGCAUGUGGACGGGAAUCGGGCGGGGCACUGGGCGGCCUUGGGCUGGGGGAGUCUGACGGGCGCGCCCAGCUCUAGGUAGGCUGGACGUCCGUGAGUUCACCUGUUCCUGUGUAUACCCUGCUAACAGCAACAGAGGAGCCCAGUCUCCCAGCAGCCCUGCCCUCGGGGGCUUAGGUCUCCCGCUACCCUCACAUCUCAGCAAUAAAGUUUUAUAUAAACACUAA